UAACAUGGAUAAUGGAUCAUGGCCGUCUGCAGCCGACCGUCCGCGGAAACGAAACCCGAAGCGUCUCUUUUCUUGAAAAUGCGUGUCUCCAAGUGACACAGGACCUGUGAUCUUCGACUCCUAAACAUAGAGCUUUGCAUGUUUUAUACGGAUACAUUUCUCACAUCAUCUCUGCUAAUAUUUCACCAUGGGUUCGCACGAACAGACGCUACCCGGAGCGCCCUACUCGAGACUUGCAUCUCCCCACAACCCUCCCCUGCGAGUCAUUGUGGUCGGUGCCGGGUUGGGUGGGUGCGCCGCUGCCCUUGCUCUCCAUCACCAUGGCCACGAGGUCGUCGCUGUGCUGGAGAAGAUCCGCCAAUUCCGCAGGCUCGGGGAUUCGUUGGGCCUGGGCGAGAAUGCCUACAAGCUCCUUGCCCGCUGGGGCUGCAACAUCAAGGAGAUUCAGGAGAUUGGGAACCAGGCGCCGACCAUGAAAAUCCGCAGGUGGCACGACGGUAAGGUGCUCGCCGAGCAGCCCCUCAUGGAUAUGGCGGGCUAUAUCGGCCAUCGGGGCGACUACCACGACACGUUUCUCAAGUGGGUCCGCGAGCGCAACAUCCCUAUCCGCAUGGGCUGCGAGGUGACGUCCUACGACGACUCGGACCCGGCCCCGUCGCUCACGCUUGCCUCGGGCGAGACGCUGACGGCAGAUGUCAUCGUCGCGUCGGACGGCAUCAAGUCUCUGGCACGGCCCCUCGUCCUCGGCGCCCGCGACGACCCGGUCUCGAGCGGAUACGCCUGCUUCCGAGCCUACUUUGAGCCGAGCGAAGAGAUGAGAGCGGACCCGAGGCGCAAUGCUUUCCUCGGCGGUGACAGCGUCAACUUUUGGAUCGGGCCGGAUAUGCACGUCGUGCAGAAUACGUUGCGGGGUGGCAAGGAGUUUAACUGGAUCCUAACCCACAAGGACGACGGGGACGUGCCCGAGUCGUGGUUCCAGCCGGGCGACAUGGACGAAGUUCGACGGCUGGUAGCCGACAUCGACCCGGCCAUCCGCGAGGCCAUCCAGUCCACUGAGCAGUGCCUCGACUGGAAGAUCUGCUACCGCAAGCCGCUGCCCACCUGGGUCUCGCCGCGGUCGCACCGCAUCGUCCUGCUCGGCGACAGCUGCCACGCCCAUCUGCCUACUUCGGCGCAGGGCGCGAGCCAGGCGACCGAGAGCGCCGGCGUGCUGGCCGUGUGUCUGAGCAUGGUUGGGCGGGACGAGGUCCGCAUCGCGACCCGGGCGUACGAGAAGCUCCGCUUCCCCCGGAUCCGCGUCAGCCAGACGCAUGGCGAGGACUUGCGCGAUCGCUGGCAUAACGUGUUGAAGAACGUGGACGAGAACGUCGAGAUCGAUCCCGAGAUGGUCAAGAUCAAGAACCGGCCGCUGUACGCUUUUGACGCGGAGCAGGACGCGAAGGAUAGGUGGAGCGAGGUUUCAGCGAGGGUGCGGAACGAAAUUGCCAACGGUAAAAUAGAACCGCUCUGCGACUGAUGAGGCGGGGGGUCUGUGGAUGUAUUUGGACCCGGG